UUGUAUUUCGAUCACCCGAGCAUACUCUACAUACUCAUCCACUCCCUUUUGUUAGAAAUAAAGCUUUAGAAAGAUCAAGACGUUGGCUGCGUGUUGAUUUAUCAAUUUGUAUAACUAUGGCAAUUCUCUGUUUUUUACUUUCAAUUAUUUUAUUUAUUGGUUAUUUAGUAGAACACACAAUAAAUAUAUUUAUUUUGAGUGGAGCAUCAUCAUCGUUACUUUUAGCUGUAUUAUAUGGUUUAAAUAUAUUAUUAAAUGUUCGUAGUCUGCAAAUUGGGAAAGUUAAUUUUGUGACGGAAAAAAAUUUAAAUCAGCAAUCCUCCCCAAGAAUAUCAACAACUUGGGCAGAAGCUCAAAGUCCACAACCGCCAUUAACUACUACUAUAUUACCUCCAAUGUCUACCAAUAAUAAUAUAAUAUUUGAAACAACUUCAAGAGAAGAAGAAAAUUGGAGGGAAAUUCCAAUUAAAAAAACAUUUCCGAUUACUGGAGAACAAAUUAUUGAAGAAGAAGAUUGCCUUAGAGUAGAACAACGCCAACGUACUCCAUCUGGCGAAAAUGUUGCUAUGAUUUUUGGAAGGAAUAAAAGUUAUAGACAAAAAGAGAAGAGUGAAAAUGGAGAACAAUUAAAUAAUUAUGGAAGAGCUUCAACAACUACAAGUCCAAUUUAUAAUGAAGAUAUUGAAGCAGAAGAAUAUUCUCGUUUAUAUAAAGGAUUAAAAAGAGAAAAUAAUUUUUUGGAAGGAAAAUUUCCAAAAAAUUAUUUAAAUGAAGAAAAUGAAAAUAAAAUAAAGCAACUUUCCCCUAUUAGACGUAGACGACGAUAUCAGACAUCAUCUUCCUCCAAAAAUUUUGAAGGUAGAGAAGAAAGUCCAACAGCUUCAAUAACUAUUGAAAGAGCCAGUAGCUCACCUCCCUACCAACAUAAGCAUUACCUCGAAGAAAAUGAAAGAAUUAAAGUAUCAUCACCAAACGAAUCAUCUACUACUCCCACAAGUCCUUAUUGGAAACAUCAAGUUACAGAGCUUUAA